AUGGAGGAGCCACCGGUGCCCUUUGCUCACGCGGCGGCUCCGAUCGGCGAAGGCACUCCGGCCACGAUUGGGACCGCAUCAGAAACAGCAAGGCGUGUGGGGCGAUCCCGCGAUCGCGGCAAGCGCCGGAGGAUCGCCGAGGAGAGCGGCGGCUGGGCGUCCCUCCCCGGCGACUUGGUCCGCCUUGUCGCCGAGCGGGUGCGGCUCGACGGGGACGUGAUCGACUACAUCUCCCUCCGCGCGGCCUGCUCCGGCUGGCGUUCCAGCACGGACUUCCCGCGCAGCCCGCAGGAGCAGUACCAUUACUUCCGCCCUGGCGGCUGGGUCGCGCUCUGCGACGGCGACCAGACGCGCCCGGACGACGCGCUCCAGAUCGCCUUCUUCAAGCUCAGCACGGGACGGCGCCUCCGCGUCCGCUUCCCGACGAAACUCAGGGGCUACAGGAUAGUCUCCUUCAGCGGCGGCCUCCUCGUCCUGGUCCACAAGCGCUUCUCCAUUGUUCGCUUGCUCCACCCCUUCACCCGGAGCUACCUGGAUCUCCCGUCCAUUGCCCCGACCUUUCGCAUCGUCGUAGGCGUGAAAGACAAAAAAGAGUGUUUCCUCCGCAUGAACGCCGCCAUCUGCACGACGAGCGGCGCGACCCCCGACGCCUCUGUCGACGUUGUGGCCUGGUUCCCGGGGGAAAAGGCGAUGCUCUGGGCCAAGCCCGGCGAUGCCACCUGGAACGCCAUCUACCUCGACGUCGAGCUCCAGAGCGUCCUCGCCUACCGUGGCCGCCUCUACGCCACCGCUCGGGACUCGGCAAGCAUCCUUCAGGUCUACCCUCAGAGCAAUAUCUUUGCGGUGGACACUCCUAUCCCCGACGAGCUUGGCCCUCCGUCGUUAUGCCGCUCCUUCCUCGUCGAAUCCAACGACCACAUGCUGCUCGCUGUUCGCCACCGCGUGGCGCUCCCCAACACACACACCGCCGUCAAGAUCUUCGACGUGGAUCUCGACCGCCGGCAGCUGACCCCGGUGAGCGACAUUGGCGAUCGCGCGCUGUUCCUCGGCAAGGACAAAUGCCUGUCCGUCUCGGCCAAACACCUGCCGUCCAUCAGAGGAAACUCUGUUUAUACAUCUGAAGGUUGUGUCGAGUUAUACUCUCUCAGCAGUGACUGCCCCGAGAGCUAUUAUUUGUAUUCGAAGACGUUGUGGCACACGCGGCCCUUCACCAUUGCGGACCAUCUCAUCACGUACUGCAACCAUCUCGAGUGGUAA